AUGGAAACCAAUCAGAAGGCAGGAGGGGAAGAACUAGCGGGGGCGCAGAAGGAGGCCGGCCUAAGGGCUCUGGUGCAGAGGACGGGGUACCGCCUUCAGCAGGAGAAUGGGCAGCGGCGCUACGGCGGGCCCCCGCCUGGUUGGGACGGACCCCCGCCGGAAAGAGGAAGCGAAAUCUUCGUGGGGAAACUCCCGAGAGAUCUCUUCGAGGAUGAGCUGGUGCCGCUCUGCGAGAAGUUGGGUACCAUCUUCGAGGUGAGGAUGAUGAUGGACUUCAACGGCAACAACCGCGGUUACGCCUUUGUCACCUUCGCCAACAAGCAGGAAGCGCGCGCCGCCACCAAGCAGCUCAACAACUAUGAGAUCAGGAGCGGUCGCCUGCUGGGCGUGUGCCCCAGCGUAGACAAUUGCCGACUGUUCGUGGGCGGCAUCCCCAAGAGCAAGAAGCGCGACGAGAUCUUGGCCGAGAUGCGCAAGGUGACGGACGGAGCGGUGGACGUCAUCGUCUAUCCCAGCGCGGCGGACAAGAGCAAAAACAGAGGCUUCGCCUUCGUGGAGUACGACAGCCACCGCGCGGCGGCCAUGGCGCGACGCAAGCUGUUGCCAGGUCGCAUCCAGCUGUGGGGUCACGCCAUCGCCGUGGACUGGGCCGAGCCCGAGGUGGAGGUGGACGAGGACACCAUGGCCGCCGUCAAGAUCCUCUACGUCAGGAACCUCAUGCUGCACACCAGCGAGGAGAGCAUUCACAAGGAGUUCGACGCCAUCAAAGCCGGCGCGGUGGAGCGUGUCAAGAAGAUCCGAGACUACGCCUUCGUCCAUUUCGCCGAGCGCGCCGACGCCGUCGCCGCCAUGAAGGCCCUCGACGGGAAGGUUCUGGACGGGUCGGCGCUGGAAGUGACGCUGGCCAAGCCGGUGGACAAGGACAAUUACGUGCGCUACACCAGAGGCACGGGGGGACGAGGAGGCCGGGGAGGACGGGCCGCUUCGUCGCUGCAAGACGACUACGCCGCCCUCGCCUUGGGACAGGUGUACGACCCCACCGUGGCCUACCUCGGGGCACCGGUCUUCUAUGCCCCGCACGCGUACACCGCCGCCCCGCCCCACUUCCGCUUCCCGCCCGCCAAAGGUCAGGUGGCGGGUCGCGGCUUGAUCCGGACGCCGUCGGUUCGAGAAGUUUACAUGAGUGUGCCUGUAGGGGCGGCGGGGGUGCGAGGGCUGGGCGGGCGGGGCUAUCUUAGCUACGCCGCGGGAGGCGGCGCGUGCCGCCAGGGCGGCGCCCCCAAGAGGGGCGACGACAAGCUGUACGACCUCCUGCCCGGCAUGGAGUUGACGCCCAUGACGCCGGCCGCCGUCGGCCCCAAGGCCGCCGCCCUCAAGCCGGCGCCUCAGGUUCUAGAAGAGUUGUGCGAGAAGAACAGCUGGGGGGCGCCGGUGUACCAGCUGCACUCGGCCAUCGGACCGGACCAGCGCCAACUCUUCUUGUACAAGGUCACCAUCCCCGCGCUGGCCACGCAGAACCCCAACGUGCUACCGUUCACUCCGAGUAAGCUGAGCGCCGGCGUGGAGGAAGCCAAAGCGCACGCGGCCGAGCACACGCUGCAAACACUCGGGGUGGCCGGCGAGGGGGCCCCCGACGCCGCCCUGGCCGCGGUGGCCUUUCCAGGGUACGCGUUGGCCGGGCCGGCACCGGGGGGCGUGGCCUCCGCGCUGAAGCCGGCCGUCUCUUUGAGCCAGGACGGGGUGGUGGCCGCCGCGGCGUACGCCGCCUACGAGGCCUACCCCGCCUUCGCCGUGGCCGCCAGACACGGGGGCGACGCCUACGGUGUCUUUUGA